AUGGAGGCAAAAUUCUUGGCUAGCGCUCUUUCAUUCCUCUCGAUAUUUUUAGCGGUUCAUGCUCAAUCAUUUGCGAGCAUCAUUGAGAAUGAUAGCGAUGAAUCAUCGGAGUUCGCAUUGGCUACCACGCCAAUCGUUUACUAUGGCGAUGCGAUUGUCAAUAUCGGCGAGCCAUUUUCGAUAACGUGCGUCAUACCGAUAACUGAGCGGAUACACUGGUUAAAGAAUGGAGAGUCGAUAACGCGUCACAAUUUGCGGCAUGGACAUGACGAGCACUCCUACACGCUAUCGGAGAGCGCGAUUGAAGGCGAAAAGCACAAGAUCGAGGCGCAUUUGAAGGUGCGGCAUGCACUGAAGGUGCACGAGGGUCGUUAUCAGUGCAACAACAACAAAAAUCAUCGCCGAGAUAGCGGCUUUCACAUGCUACACGUGCACAGUAAGCAGCAACAAUCGGGGACACCGACAGAGAGUGGUUAUCGAACUAUCGAUGAGCUGACGCCCAGCUCGGCCGAUGAGAUAUUUACGCGCACGUGGCAAGAGCAACAGCUGCCGCAACAUUCGGAGUCGCCGUCACAAUCCUCUAAGCAGCACAAUCAACAAGGCAAUGCCACAAGCCACAGCUUUGGCUUUGGCAGCUAUGAGCAGCCAGCUACAACACGUAGAUACAACGAAUUGAGCACGUGGCAUGCCACAACAACAGCUGACGGACAGGCAGGUGUUAAUGGAAUUCAUCGCAUUUAUUCAGCCACGCCGCCAGAUUUUCCACCACCACGCUUAAGCGUGCUGGAGCAUACGGUGGCGCCACCCGAACCACCCACCAUACAGCUGUACAAUCAAACGCUACCGAUUUAUCGAACGCCAAUCGACACUGCCACAGUGCAUCAUCGAGCGCAGCAUCAUCAGCAGCAGCUGCAGCAGCAACAACAGCAGCAGCAACAGCUAAACAAUUUUCAACUGCCGCUGCCGCCGCAGCCAAAGCAACCUACUCAGCAUCACAAUGAGAAAUAUCAAACAUAUGCACCGCACUUUGUGCCGCCUGCAGUGGGCGGUGGUGGUGGUAGUGUCACAACAGCGCCCACAGCGCUAACAACCAGCUACAGCAACAACUUCGGUUUAAUGCAGCAGCAGCCCAAGACGAUCUUGCCUAUUAAAAAGGGUGAGCCACAUACGCACACACGCAUACAAUCAUCUAUUUUUGGUGUUGUCAAUCGGCCAGAUUCCUUGGUGCCAAAUUAUGACCAUGUGGAGCGUCAACUCAAAUUUUACGAUAUUCGAACGCCGCUUGUGCUCAGCUGCAAUGUGAAAAAUGUGGAGUCCGAAGAUCCACUCAUAUGGAAAAAGAACGGCGUCAAUGUGACGGAUGACUCCUCACUGAGAGGUCGCUUUAAACUUAUCCAAGCCGAAAGAAAGUUCAUAAUCGACAGAGCGGAACCUCACGACGAUGGCCUCUACAGUUGUGAGUUCAAGGGCGUGUCCAAAGAUAUUAACGUGAUUGCUCGCGUGGUUGUACGAGUGCCUUCAAAUACUGGUGUUGUAGAGGGUGAGAAAAUGUUGAUACCCUGCACAGUUCUCGGUAGCAAUCCUCAAUUGUCAUGGAGCUUUGGCAAUUAUACAAAUGUCACAAAUAGCACAGGUCGUUAUAUAUUGAAAGCGGAUGAUAAUAAAAUUGAGAAUGCAAUUUUAAUGAUUGAGAACGUGACACUGGAAGAUAGAGGCGAUUACAAAUGCCAUGGACGCAAUGAGGCCAAUGAUUAUGCCAAUAGCACCGUUGCCACCGAUGUUGUAACCGUUCGUGUUAAGGGCAAAUUCGCUGCCUUGUGGCCUUUCCUUGGCAUUUGUGCUGAGGUUUUGAUACUUUGUUUGAUCAUUCUCAUCUAUGAGAAGAGACGCAACAAGAGCGAGCUGGAAGAGAGUGAUACUGAUCCACAAGAACAGAAAAAGAAAAGGAGAAAUUAUGAUUAAAAAAAGAA